AAAGUUGGUAUAAUAAUACACGGCCAACUCCCUCCUGCCGUCGUUCUUGCCUCUCACCGCUGCAAUCCUUUCCUGUCCGUGAUUCUGCAUCUGCCAGCCUACCAGAGUUUUUCUUCUCUUCUCUUUUCAUUGUCAUCUUCACUGCCACUUGAAGAGUUGAGGUCGCCACUCGAUACCAUGUCUUCCAACAAGAGGGAUGUCGGUAUGGACGUCGAACGCAGACCGGAUGAGAAGAUUGCCCUGGAUUCACAAAUCGACAAAGCUGCCAAGUUCCUCAAUGAGACACAAGAAUAUCCUCCUCUGACUCCCGAGCAAGAGAAAAAGCUGAUUCGGAAGGUCGACUGGAUCAUGAUACCAAUUCUCUUCAUCACAGCAACUCUUGGUGCCGUGGACAAAGUAGCCCUCGGAACAGCAGCCAUCUACGGGCUGCGGACAGACACCAAUCUCGUGGGUCAGCAGUACUCGUGGCUUGGCUCCAUUUUGUCUCUCGGAGCUUUGGUUGGCAUGUUUCCGUCUUCCUAUCUCAUUCAAAGGCUGCCCUCUGCAAAAUAUCUCUGCGGUUGUAGUUUGGGGUGGGCUUCCAUGGCCCUUCUUAUGCCGGCUUGCGGGAACUGGAGUGGCUUGAUGGCUGUGCGAUUCUUCAUGGGUGUUUUCGAAGCCAUCAUUGUACCUGGCAUCUCCAUAAUCAUUGCUGCUUGGUACAAGAAGUCAGAGCAACCUCCACGCAACGCUCUAGUAUUCGCCGCCGCUAGUUCAAUUCUCAACGGCUUUCUCUCGUGGGCUGUCGGUCAUAUCGAUGGCCAUCUUUCCAUAUGGCAGUACCUGUUCCUCAUUGUUGGAUCUGUCACCUUUGCUUGGAGUCUCUUUGUUCUUUGGUUUAUGCCAGCUACGCCUAUGGAUGCUAUUUUCUUGUCACAAGAAGAAAAGUAUCAUAUGGUACGUCGCGUAGCAGAAAAUAAGACUGGAGUUGCCAACAAAGAGUGGAAGUGGUACCAAGUCAAAGAAGCAUUCAUUGACCCAAAAACCUGGAUCAUAUUCUUCUUCAACAUUGCCAUCAACAUCCCCAACGGUGGCCUUACCAUCUUCAAUGGCAUUUUGAUCUCCAAUCUCGGCUUCACUAGCGUCGAAGCCUCCCUCCUCAGUAUGCCAACCGGCGUCAUGUCCACACUCAGCGCCUUCGUCUUUUCAUGGCUCGGCGUCCGCUUCCACAACCGUCGUUGCCUUGUCACAGUUGGGGCCUGUCUCGUCCCUGUCAUCGGCACCGUCGUGGUAUACGUCGUCGACCGCUCCAACAUCGGCGGUCAGAUGGCCGGUAUCUACCUCCUAUACACUUACUUUGGCCCGUACGUAGUCGGGAUCGGUCUGGCUCAAGCUAACACCGCUGGCAACACGAAGAAAACCGUCGUAUUUGCUAUUUUGUACAUCGGCUACGCUGUAGGCAAUCUGAUCGGACCGCAGACAUUUGUGGCGAAUCAGGCUCCGGCGUAUACAGGUGGCGUUGUGGCCAUGAUCGUUUCCUACGGGGUUUGUAUUGGGCUCAUUUGUGCUUACUGGGCGUUCUGCAUGUACCGGAAUAAAAGAGUUUCCGGCAUUGAAGAGAGGAGGGAGUCCACCGCGGAAGUCAUGGACAAUCUGAUGGAUCAGACGGAUUUUGAGCAGGAGGGGUUCAAGUACACCAUGUAA